AUGAAAUUUCGUCCAUCGUUCUUUUUACCUACAAAUCAUCAGCAAACAGUCAUGAAUCCAUUACUUGGACCCUUAUUGAGAUUCUACAAUAGGGUCUAGCUAAAGAGAGAAGUGUUUAAAUUUAAAGACCAAGGCUAAACUGCUAUCGAUUGGGUUGACGUAAUACCUAGUGAUCUUUCACAGUAAGAUGGUGCAAUGAAUAAAAAAGAACUGAGACCUAUUGUUGUGGUUGUUCCUGGAUUGACCAGCAAUAACAAUGAGAUCUAUAUGUUGAAUCUACUCAUUGAGGCCAAGAAGAAAGGCUUCUAAGGCGUUGUGGUCAAUUAUCGUGGCGCUUCAGAAAUGGAACUAAGCAGUCCAUAAUUGUACUGUGCUGCAAGCAGUAAUGAUGUAAGAGAACCUGUUGAGUACAUUAGAAACAAAUACUGUUUAAACUCCAAAGGAUAACAAAUAAGGCAUCUGUAUUUAGUAGGAAAUUCAAUGGGAGCAGGACUAGUAGCAAACUAUAUUGGUGAAGAAAAUGAUAAGUGCUUUAUCAGAGCAGCUUGCUGCAUUUAGCCUCCAAUGAAGAUGUGGAUAACUGGCUAGGCAAUAGCGAACAAUUUCUAUGGUGCCUAUGAUAAGGCUAUUGGAUCUAAUUUAGUUAGAAAAAUCUAAAAGCAUGCAGAUAUGAUUCAUGAUAACUAUCACUAGAAUUUUGGAGUUGAUUUGAAAAAACAUUUGCAAGAGAUAAAUACAGUAACAGCCUAUGAUCAUCAUAUUACCAGUAAAGUAUUUGGAUAUGGAACAAGAGAUAACUAUUAUGACAAAGCUUCGAGUAUUCAUAAAGUCCCGCAUAUUGACGUUCCUACUUUCGUUUUAUUCGCUAAAGAUGAUCCAGUAAUUGGUGAAGGAAGCAUAGAUUAUGAAAUAUGCAAGUAAAAUCCUAAGAUUCUUCUCGGAGUGACAGAUCAUGGGGGUCAUCUUGGCUAUUUUGAAACAUUCAUGAGCACUUAAUAAUGGUUUGUCAAGCCAGUUUUUGAGUAUCUAAGCAAAAUCAAAGAAAUGGAUGAAGACAACACACCUAUUGAAGCUAAGUUAUGA